CCACUUGCGCCCCAGCCGUUGCUUACGUUGAAGAGUAUUGCUCCUCUACGUCGCAUCACAGCCUUCGCCCUCCUCCCACGAUGCCCCCCGGGUGACCCAGAUACGCUCUUCGCUCAUAUACUUUUCUCCCGCCAACAUGAGUUCGAUGUUCAAGAAGAAAGGCGGGCCCGCCUUCAAGCCCAAGAUCCCCUCCGCGCGGCCCCGUGUCCCGUCUUUGUCCGCGCAAAAGCCCACUGAGAGACGGCCUUCUAUUGAUACAGCGAUCGAAUCCUUGCCCAACGAAACCCCCGAGGUCGUCGAAACGACCUCGUCGCUGCCGCCCCCCAAGCCACACACAUCCUCCGAAGAACAGAAACGGCCCUCAAAAAGUGACAGAGAGUCGGCCAAAACUUCCCAAGAAGCAGGUGUCGCUACGAAAGCGCUAUCACAGUCACAUGAGAGGCCUCAACGAGAACCACCGGCGGAGACGACGCAGGAUAGGCAAGAACAGGCCGGCGCGCCAACAGACAAGACGCCAUUAGAAGUGGAACAUCCAUUGCCCUCUAUCGAGACAGGACGUGGCACGGUCGAUCAAACACCUAUACCUACAUCUAAGUCCAAAUUUGACACCCUUCAAAGGGUAUCCGCAGACCCCUCUCUGGAACCACAAAGCGUGCUGCCCGCUGUCACAACCACUUCUGCUGCGACGUUGGAUGUUGAAGGCCGUGCGCGACAGGAUCGGUCUGAGCCCGCGCCACCGCCGAAACCUGCUACAAAAGCGGCGCCAAAGGGGAGGACUCCAGCCGUCGCGACACAGGAGCCGGACGGCGACGAGACCGAAAGCGCGAGACCGAAGAAGCGUCAACGUAAAGCUUCACAACAAAGCGGGGACUCGGCACCGUCCAAACCCAGGAAGCGCCAGGCCAGCUCUUCUACAGGAGACGGCUCGGAGGCGAAGCCCAGACCGAGGAGAGCCCGCUCUCUCACUCCAGAAGAUGCGGAAAGCCAGCUGGUGGACUUACAGCAGCUCAAAAUGGCGGACUUGACCAAGGACCUGCGCAUUGGCAAAAAGUUCAGCCGACACGACGAAUUAAGAGAGCGCGAGCGACAGGCCCGUAUCAAGGUCAAACUGGGCAAGGAUAGUGAACAGGCAGACGGGGAGGGGUCAGCAUCAGCAUCCCCACUACCCGAUGGACGGACGAAGAAGAGCGCCACGCCGGGUGGCUCCUCGACUCCGGCACCAACCUCGGGCCCUCAGUUCCGCAUCGUCGACGGGCAGAUUGUUGUCGACCAAAGCUCUUUGGUCAUGGACCGACAUGCACGCGCGGCUGCGGCGCAGGCAGGAGAGGACAUGGAGACGAUUGAAGAGAACGACUUCACUCGAUUGAUUACUAGCAGUUCAUUCAUGAACACGUCGAAGCUCAGGGGCCCCAACAUUUGGACAGACCAGGAGACCGAGCUGUUCUACCGCGGGCUACGGAUGUUCGGCACCGAAUUCGAGAUGAUAUCCAAGAUGUUCCCGGGCAAGCAGCGGCGCCACGUCAAGCUCAAGUUCAACCGCGAGGAGCGCCACAACCCCAAACGCAUCGACGCGGCGCUCAUUGGCGAGAAGACGAUCAAAAUGGACAUUGCCGAGUACAAGGCCUUCACGGGCGCCGAGUACGAAUCUGUUGAGACCAUCGAGGCGGAGCAGCGCAAGAUCCAGGAAGGGUAUGAAGCGGAGCGGCAGCGCAUCGCCGACGAGCAGGAGGAAAUCAUGCGCAAGAAGAAGGAGGAGCUGUUUGCGGACGAGGACGGCGACGAGGUGGCCGGCAAGAAGAGGAAGGGCAAGAAGAAAGGGAAGCAGGCCGUCCGAUACGGGCUGAAUGGCGAGCCCAUCGCUCAAGACGCCUAGGCGGUGAUGGCUGCACCUUGAGAUGAAGGAAUGGACCAACAAUAUAUACCCAGCGGGAAAGCGAUAUAGGUGGGACUGGAGGAUGUGACUUUUCCCACAGGUGUGCAGAUUAGGCACAAGCAAUACACGUCAAACCACACAUGAUUGCAACAUGGCGAUUAUAGCAGCACGAGACGGGACAAGACGUUGGGCACGGUCGCAGAGUGAAACUGAUAUCAGCACUACUACUGUCCUGCGGCAGACAACUUCGGGGCCCGGACCAGCGCUUGACUGCCAAUCCGCGCAGUCGACUAUGUGAUGAC